ACGUGUCACUCGCCAAACAGAAUUAUCACAAUGCGAGAUACUACAAUCGUGGGAAAGUCCACAGCCUCUAGAUAAUCACGAGCAUCGCUCUAAUGAGGUGUGACUUUUGAGGUUAUUUCACAUCUAUCCCACUAGUCAAAGUGUUAAUUAAAUUAAAUCAGUGCACACAAAUGAGUCGAAGACCAUCAACAGGUAACAAAUGGCCACAUCGGUUCAGUAAGCGGAAAUCAUCACGUACAGGUGAUGUGAAUAUGCAACCGAACGGCCAUGAAAAGACCGAAGAAGAGCAAACCAUACGUAUCACUGUUGUGGGUGAUGGUCACACCGGGAAGACGUGUUUACUCAUCGGGUACAAAGAUAAAGUGUAUAAUGAUGUUUAUAUUCCUACUGUAUUUGAUUCGUAUUCUAUGAAUAUCCCUAUAAACAACAAGAACUACAGAUUAAUCCUGCAGGACACAGCUGGGCAGGAAGAUUAUGAUAACUUAAGACCGUUAGGUUAUCCACAGACUGAUGUGUUUAUAAUUUGCUACGCCAUUGACAGAAAGGAUUCUUAUCAAAAUGUUGAGUUUAAAUGGGCUAAAGAAGUGCGUCAUUACUUAAAAAAGUGUAAAAUUAUUUUAGUUGGUACAAAAUGUGACAUGAGAGAUUCAAUCGCAAAUUCUUUAAAUUUCCAAGAUGGAUUAAACAUGGCUGAAAAAAUCCGCGCUGAUGAUUUCAUAGAAUGUUCCGCUAAGGAGAUGUACAAUGUGGAUCAGGUGUUUAGCAUGGCGAUGAUGGCGUGCGUACAGAAACCUGCAAUGCGGAAACAGAGCAAAUGCGUUUUAUUUUAAGUUUUAUUAUUUUAUUAUUUUAUUAUUAUAUUUAUAGUAAUAGUAAAAGUAAUGGAUGUGUGUACGAUUAAAUAUUAUCAGUUGAA